AUCACGGCAACAAGGUCGGAAAAUCAACGAAAUCCGCGACUGGAGUUUCCACGUACCGAAAAUGAGUGCAACGUUGGUGAGCAUCGCCGAGGAGGACUUUUUUGGCACCGUCAUUCGCUAUGGUUUGUAUGUAGGAGCGAUUUUCCAGAUGGUUUGUCUGGCCGCGUGUAUCGUGCUGCCGGACUCUUCGAACGGCGAUCCCGGGAGCUGGUCGCCAAAGAACAACGACAGCGAGGACUCGAGCUCGGAGCACUCGUCACCCCAGAAUACUCCCAGGAGACCGUACCACCGGAGCCGCAAGCAGGACAAGAAGAAGCGUCGCUAAAUGGGAACCGGAUUCGGCUGGCUAGUGCGGCCACGUACUUACUCACAUUACUUACAUUCCAAGUACUACUGAACGUUCCGAUCGAUAAAUACUCAAUCGAGCAAUCCCUGCUAUACCCUAGUGAUCUCAAACCAUUCUACUAGCGCUGCUGGACGAUCGCUAGAUCGUCGUUUACUUAGUAUUCUCUUCGUAUAGAUGUGUCGUAGAAGUAAUCGCUGAUAAAUGUAUUAAUAUGUAAAAUCCCA